AUGUCGGACAAUCAGCAAGGUGCAAAGAUCACGGUGUACUGGCUCGAGAAGUCUCGUAGCCAGCGUAUCAUCUGGCUGCUCGAGGAGCUGAACCUCGACUAUGAGGUCAAGGUCUUCAAGCGUGACGAAAACUUCCGUGCGCAAGAUGACUUGAGGCAAGUUCAUCCGUUGGGACGUUCUCCUGUGAUUGGCAUCACGCCUGCAGACUCUGAGAAGGAGAUUAUCAUCGCGGAGAGCGAGACGAUCAUCGACUAUGUCUGCGAACAUUUUGGCAAGCAUCUCAUUCCGAAGAAGUGGGCCGAGGGGAAGGAGGGUGCGGUAGGCGGAGAGACCGAGGAGUGGAUGAGGUACAAGUUUUUGAUGGACUACACCGAGGGAUCCUUCUUCACGCCCCUCAUCGUAGCCCUCAUAACUUCUCGAAUCCGCACAUCCCCCGUCCCCUUCUUCCUCAAGCCAAUCACCGGCGGCAUCGCCAGCAAAGUCGACGACUUCUUCACCAACCCCGAACUCAAAUCCCACUGCGAAUUCCUCGAAAACUACCUCGCUACGCCGCCCAGCAAUGGCGAGUUUUUCUGCGGUGAUAGUCUUACCGGCGCGGAUAUUAUGUUGCAUUUUGCGCUCGAAGGCGCGACAAAGCGUGUGCCGCUCAGUGAGACGAGUUAUCCUAAGCUGUAUACUUACAUGAGGAAGCUGCAGCAGAGAGAUGCCUACAAGCGCGCGGGAGAGAGGGUGGAGAAGGAGAGUGGAGUGCCGUAUGUUCCGUAUUCUGAUGUUUAG